UGCAACCAACAUAAUGCUGAAGCUCCCAACUUGGAACAAGCAUUUCACAGAAUGGCACAAACAGAACCUAAUCUGGACCAUGACGUAUCAUGGUUCCUCCUUCCGUCAUACUGGGCUAAAAUGGUUGUGGCAUUAAUUUCCUUCCUCUGUUUUGCUAACAGCUAUGAUGGAGAUUUUGUCUUUGAUGAUUCUGAAGCUAUCAUCAAUAAUAAGGACCUCAGGGCAGAAACCCCACUUGGUGACCUGUGGCAUCAUGACUUUUGGGGUAGCAAACUCAGCAGCAAUACCAGUCAUAAGUCAUAUCGACCACUAACUGUCCUAACUUUCAGAAUUAAUUACCUUUUUGCUGGAGGCUUCUACCCAGUUGGUUUCCAUGUCAUCAAUAUAAUACUGCAUUGUACUAUCUCAGUGUUGAUGGUUGAUGUGUUCUCGAUUUUAUUGGGUGGACUGCAAUUCAGUAAUAAAGGAAGAAGACUAAACCUGGCUCCAAAGACAUCUCUUCUAGCUGCUUUGCUGUUUGCCGUACAUCCAGUGCAUACCGAAUGUGUUGCUGGGAUUGUUGGCAGAGCAGACCUACUGUGUGCCCUGUUCUUUUUGUUGUCAUUCCUUGGCUACUGUAAAGCAUUUAGAGAAAAUAAGGAAGGACAUAAUUUUUCUAUAUUCUGGGUGCUGGUGAGUGUUAUCCUAGGUGCAAUAGCCAUGCUGUGCAAAGAACAAGGAAUUACAAUACUGGGUUUGAAUGCAGUGUUUGAUGCACUGGUGAUUAACAAGCUAAAUGUUUUGGAGCUUAUUCAAAAGUUACUACAUAAGGACAAGUCAUUGGAGAAUGCUGGGCUGUUAAGAAAGGGGCUGCUUUUCAGGAUAACUCUUCUGAUGUCUGGAGGGGCCAGUAUACUUUAUAUACGCUGGAGGAUUAUGGGCACAGGGCCACCGGCUUUCACUGAAGUAGACAACCCGGCUUCAUUUGCAGACAGUCUGUUUGUGAGGGCUAUAAACUAUAAUUACUACUAUUCCUUGAAUGCAUGGUUGCUGUUGUGUCCCUGGUGGCUGUGUUUUGAUUGGUCAAUGGGCUGCAUACCCCUCAUUAAAUCCGUCAGUGACUGGAGGAUAAUUGCACUAGCAGCACUUUGGUUCUGCCUAAUUGGUCUGAUAUGCCAAGCUCUGUGCUCAGAAGACAGCCAUAAGAGAAGAAUUCUUACACUGGGACUCGGAUUUCUUAUUAUCCCUUUUCUUCCUGCAAGUAACCUGUUCUUCCGAGUAGGAUUUGUUAUUGCAGAGAGAGUCAUCUACCUCCCCAGUAUUGGAUAUUGUAUUCUGUUUACAUAUGGAUUUAGUCUCUUGAGUAAGCAAGCCAAGAAAAAGAAAAUUCUUGCUGUGGCAGUACUUGGAAUCUUGUUGAUAAAUGUUAUGCGGUGUGCACUCCGCAGCAGUCAGUGGAGGUCAGAAGAACAGCUUUUUAGGAGUGCACUGUCUGUAUGCCCGCUGAAUGCAAAA